AUGGGGCAGAUGUCAAGUGUUUUGUCCUCCGGGAAUACCAGCCAGGCAGCUGUGCUGAAGUUUCUGCUACCACUGGAGCCAGCCCAUAUUGCCGACUGCUUCACUGCUGGAACCUUCCCUAAGGCGAUCCAGGACAGUUCUGCUGUGGUUGAUGAGGUAGGUGGGAAGUUCUGUGCAUGUGGCAUCAUCUCGCGUGAGCGCCUCAUCAUCUCGCGUGAGUGCCGCAUCAUCUCGCGUGAGCCCCGGGGAGCAGGUCGGCCUGAUCUCUACUUCCAGAGAGAUGUGGAAGAGUGGGAGGCUGCUGGAAAAGCUGUGACUCAGGAGCAAUUUUCGGGUGAACGGACAGCUCCAGCAUUUACUGCUACUCGGCCUGAGGUUGCAGACAGGUCUGCAGGUGCCGUCUGUGCCCAUCCAGCAGUUCUCUUCUGA